CAAUUCCUCCAUUGAUUCUCCCCUCCUCCACCAAAAACAUUGGCUUGCAGAGAGUGAGCUCCUUAUUUCCCCUAAAAUGGAGAAAAACGAGAACAAGCCAGAAACAGAAGAUGAGGAAAAAGGCAUUAAUGGCAGAGGAGUACAGCACCAACAACCAAAGAGAUGCAGCCAUUGCUUGUCACAGAGGACUCCUCAGUGGAGGACAGGUCCUUUGGGACCUAAGACUCUCUGCAAUGCUUGUGGUGUGAGAUUCAAAUCUGGUAGGCUUUUGCCUGAGUACAGACCAGCAAAAAGCCCCACCUUUGUGAACUACAAGCACUCCAACUCUCACAAGAAGGUGAUGGAGAUGAGAAUGGCUGAUUUCUCCACCAAUUCCAUCUAAUUUAGGACUUGAUUCACAUAUAUCAAUUGCUUCAUCCUACAAUGUACCUUUGUUUUUCUUUUUUAUUUGGGAGACUUACAUGCAUACCAUGUUCUUUUUAUGAUUUACAUGUCCA